AUGGAUUCCGGGGUACUCUUCAUCCUUUUUUCUCCCCUGGCAUUUGCAGUGCUGGGGGUUGCUGGUGCCAUUUACCUGGCAGGCGUGGCGGUAUACCGACUCUUUUAUAGUCCAAUUUCUCAUAUCCCUGGGCCCAAAAUUGCCGCAGUCACACAUUGGUACGAGUUUUACCACGAUGUUCUCCGCGGAGGUCAGUAUGUGUGGAAAGUAGCACAGAUGCACGAUAAAUAUGGCCCAGUAGUGCGCAUUAACCCGGACGAGGUCCACGUUGCGGACCCUGAUUUCUAUGCGGUGCUUUACAACAAUGGGCAAGAGCGACGUGACAAAGUCUUCAAGCAUACGCGGCAAUUCGGUGCUCCCGACUCAGUCCUCGCAGCGGUUCAUCAUGAUCUCCAUCGGAUGAGGAGAGCGACGCUUAGCUCUUAUUUCUCCAAGGCCAGCGUGUAUAGACUGGAGCCUGUGAUCCAAGACAAGAUUGACGAUAUGAUCGAUCAUAUGGAGCUCUUGCAAAAUGCGAAAGGGACCGUACCGCUAAUGGAGAUGUUUACUGCAUUGACCAACGACGUCGUCAUGGAAUAUGCGUUUGCCAGGAGUGAACAUCGAUUGACAAAGAGCGACUGGGAUCCAGAACUUUUACACGCAUUUGAAAAGGCCAGUGAUAUGGCUCAUAUUGUAUUACAUAUGAACUGGGUCUUGCGAUUGCUUCAGGCGCUACCCCUUCGACUGGCAAUGAUUCUCAAUCCAGGAAUGGGCAAAGUUGUUGCUUUUCAAGACUCCGUAAAAGAUCAAAUUCGCGACAUUCAAACCGGCCGCAACCGAUCAAACGAAAAAUCAUCCCACCGCACAAUCUUCCACGAAGUCCUCGACUCCCAAAUGCCCGAGUCCGAAAAGAAACUCGAGCGAAUGUGGCAAGAAGGCAUGGUCGUCGUUGGAGCCGGAACCGAGACAACGGCCUGGACAUUGGUCGUGGGAAUCGUGAACAUUCUCCUCAACCCAGAAAUCCGAGAGCGGUUGGAAAACGAGAUAAAAGCCGCCAAGGGGGAGAAGAGCUCCCUUGACUUUAAACAGUUGGAACAGCUACCCUAUCUGUCAGCUUGCAUUAAAGAAUCCUUACGCCUGUCAUACGGUGUGACGAGUCGUCUUCCACGCGUCGCUCCGAAUGAUGUCCUACAGGUACCCGGUACGGGGCUGCCGAUCCCGCCCGGCACAAAGGUAUCAAUGAAUGCGGUCAUGAUCCACCAGAAUCCGAAGUUAUUCCCGCAGCCACUCCAGUUCCGGCCCGAGCGUUGGCUGGAUAAUCCCCGUCUUGAUCGAUACCUCGUAUCUUUCUCCAAGGGGGCUCGGCAAUGCAUCGGUAUUAAUUUGGCUUAUGCGGAAUUGUACAUGGGCCUCGGGGCAAUUUUCUCCCGCUUCACUGCUUCUGAUGAUGGACCUCAGCUACAGCUGAUUGAUCCUGUUGCUAGUGUUGCUGAUAUUGAGUUGGCUGGUGACUUUUUCGUUCCUGCUACUAAGUCUGGGAAUAAGAAGACGAAGGUUCAUUUUCAGUAA